AUGCCUGGCGGUCAUGAAUAUCGGCACAUCUCAGCGACCGAUAACGCCCACAUCAUUAACGGUGACAUUCACAAUAAUUACACCAAUGCCCGAGUAAACCAUGGAGACACAUACAACACCUACCUCGACACUCAAAGACCGAAGCCUCCGACUGAUGGAUCCUACGAACGUGGCCUUAUCGGAGCCGCCAAGAGUGGAUCCAUGGAACGCAUUCAACGCUAUCUGAAAUUUGAUAUCAAGGUCGACUUUGCGGAUGAUCGAGGCUGGACUGCGCUCCACUGGGCUGCCAGGAUAGGUCAUGAAGAUAUCGCCCAAGCUUUACUUGAAGCUCACUGUGAUAUUGACUACAGGAGUCACGAACAUGGAACUCCACUCAACCAAGCAGUUCACGCUCAAAAAUCAGACAUGGUCCGAUUCCUCCUCUCCCAAGGAGCGAAUCCCAAUGCUACGAGUAGACAGCAUGGAUCGGCUCUGCAUGAAGCAUGUGAGAUUGGUAACUUGGAGAUUGUCAAUUCAAUUUUGGCUUCUGGAGCAAACGUUGAUCCAUUCUGCAUCUUGCACACUGCAGAAACGGGAGUAUCUUCCCAAUACAUUGCAUGCAUGCCACUGUACUCAGCCAUAAAGCAUGGUCACGCAGAGACAGUUUUCUCGACUACUGGCAUCGGGCGCGGAUGUAGAAGCGCUAUAUGCACGGCCGUGUGA